CAAAGACACAUAAAUCCUUUCGUGCAGAUGGAUUUGGUAACAUUUAAAUCUGCCAAGAAGAAAUUUGAACUUAUUUUUUUUUUUUAAAUACAAAGAAAAGUGUGUUUUUCCAAUUAUAAAUACCACUUAUGGCACUGAGGGUUCAACGUGAUGAUAUUCUAGAGACCACUGGCAGAGUGAGGAAGUAAAGACAUGACCUCAUCUUUCAAAGUAUUUGCAGGGAAGUGAAAACCACCCUCAAGAGUGAGGCGCUUGUUUGAGGCGAAUACAGAGUGUGAAAAAGAUACUUCUCAAGCCAAACAAGGUCAGACAAGCACCAUGGCCUGUGCCGAUGUCGACAUGGACAUCCGUGGAGGCGAUGAGGCGCCACGCAGAGCCGCGCCGAGGGAGCCGCCUAUGAUGCAACAUUACCAGGCUUUAGAGGUCAUGCCCGAACGCAAAGGGCCGCUGCACGACCUGCUGCAGAAACAACCUGCUGUGUUGGGGUCUCUGCAGGUGGUGAGCGGUCUCUUCAGUGUUGGAGUGGGAAUACUUUUUGCAGUAACCCAGGAGAUGCAACAAUCCUUUCUCACGCUGUUCAGACUUUCCCACCUGACCGGAGCCCUUUUCAUCAUUGCUGGAGUUGUUUCCAACCUGUUGUUCAAAUAUCCAGUAUUACUACCUGUGUCCCUGGUGGUCAACAGCGGCUGUAUUGUUAUCGCUGCAUUUUCAGCUUGUCUGAUCAGUGUGGACCUGGCUCACUGGAGUUCAGAAAAUGAACAACAUUUGAGGAUGGAGGUGCUGGAACUUUGUGUGUUGGGGCUCGAAGUUUCUCUCUCUGCAAUCCUUUGCUUCUGGUUCUCAAAAGUGAAACACACCAGAUCUCCAUGAUCACUCCAACGAAGAAGACAUUUGAGAAUUGAAUACUAAAAUGAACUGUCUGUAUAUUAACUACCAGCGGCUUGUAUAUUCGUGUGUAAAAUAAUUAUGGAGACCUUUACUUUGUUUUCGUGUGGCUUGCUGUUCUGUCUCGAUUGCCCAUUAGAGCUGAAACCCGGGCUGUGGUCUGGUGUUUGACUCGGACUGAGAACGUACGACUUGUGGUAAAUGAAUGUCAGCUUCUCUCAUGUGAAGGAAAGAAACCACUGCUCAACCUCCGCGUCUCUCUUGGUAACGGUCGUAGUGGGCCUCAUCGCGUUGCUUUGUCGAUCUAUAUACCGGGGUGUCUGUGUGGUUUGACACUGUGGAAAUAUAUGCAAUGUGUUUUCAGAUAAACUCACACUUCCAGAUGUGUGAAGGAUAUGAGCAUUAGCCACUAGUGGAAAUACUUAAUUUCAAGUUAAAAAAAAGGCAAAGAAAUGAUAACAACAACGUGUUUUGAACAUUUUAAUCACCUGUACAAGCUUGACAUAACAGAAAACUGGCAACAAAAGAAAGAUAUUGUCUGGAUA